CGUAGCUUCCGCAUCCUACCAACCGAUCAACUCACCAUCCAUUUCCGUCCUUUCGGUCGUUCGAGAGAGAGAGAGUGCGUUAAUUUGCAAUGGCUCCGGCAAUGGCGGCGUCGGAUCCCCUGGCGAGGCAGGCCCUGGCGCGGGCGGCGAGCGCCGCGCUGUCGGCGGGCGGCGGCGGCGGCGGCGAGCAGGAGAAGCUGAGGCGGAGGAACGAGGAGCUGGAGAGGGAGCUGAGGGAGAGCCGGGCGCGGGAGGAGGCCGCGAGGGAGGAGCUGCGGAGGACCGCGGAGAGGCUGCGGGUGGCGGAGGAGGGGGAGGAGAGGCUCUGCUUCCAGCUCGGCGAGCUCGAGGCCGAGGCCGUCCUCCAGGCCCGCGCCUACCACGCCCGCAUCCUCAGCCUCGCGGACCAGCUCGCGCAGGCCCGGAAGAUCCUCCAGGUCGCCUCCGUUCUUCCCCAGGCGUGAACGCGGCCCGUCCUUUCCGUACAAAUUUUCCUAACGCAUCCUCGCCUUUCCGUAGGAGACGUGAUCGAAAAUGUAUACGUAGAAUCGGGCGGCGAGUCGUCGGGGCUUGUCGUCCAUCCUUGUCAAUUGUAAGCUAGAUUUUAGGGCUCCGCGGUUGAGAUGUAAUAGAAAGAUCUCGGACGUAGUGAGAUUAGUAGAUUUCUUCAAUGACGAAAAGUUUUGAUUUUGAGAGAGCAAAUCCAAUUCCCCGUU